ACGGACCCAGUCACGGGGCUGUUGACUGCUCUUUGGGGAGCGUUGUCAGGUGUCUAAUACGGAGUGCCCCGACCAGUGGUGCAGCUCUGAUCUUAAAAGGUCUCAGGGGGAAAUGUUGUAAGAGGCCCGGCUGGGGCGGUGCAGAGUGUGGAGGCUGAGUGAGUGGCGAUGGAGACACGGGCCCCCACCCGGCUCAGCACCAGCCUCACUGGCCGCAUGGGGUGCGGCGCACGCUGAUGACACGCAAUGCAGUGCCCCUGGCGACGGCAGUCUCAAGAGAGCGGCUCACGCUGAUGACGCACUAGAUCGGCUUCCCUAGCGACGACGGUCUCCAGGGAACAGCCUGGCUGCAUCCGAGAUGGACGCGACCACUGCCCCGCACCGCAUCCCCCCUGAAAUGCCUCAGUACGGGGAAGAGCACCAUAUCUUCGAAAUGAUGCAGACCCUGCUGGAGCAACUCCUAAUCCACCAGCCCAAGGAACCCAUCUCAUUCAUGAUUGAACAUUUGCAGCGAAACAAUGAUAAUGUGCCGAAGAUUGUAAUAUUAGGUCCACCCGCCUCGGGGAAAACAACUAUAGCAAUGUGGCUUAGCAAACAUCUGAACAGCAACCUUAUCACUAAAGAUAAUUUGAUAGAAGAAGAGUUUUCUCAUCAGACUGAAGAUGUCAAGAACUAUUAUCAGAUGACCAAGACAGUGCCCAAUGAGCUGCUCAUGAAGAUGAUCCAGACACGCCUGAAUGAAAGUGAUUGCAUCAAGCGGGGAUGGAUUCUGGAUGGUAUCCCAGAAACUCGGGAGCAGACUCUGAUGAUACAGAGUGCUGGGGUCAACCCCAAACACGUCAUUGUGCUGAAUGCCCCAGACAUGGUCCUGAUUGAGAGAAACUUGGGGAAGAGAAUUGAUCCUAACACUGGAGAAAUUUACCAUACCACUUUUGACUGGCCCCAUGAUGUGGACAUCCAGAAGCGACUGACAAUACCAGAGGGCAUCUCAGAAGUGGAGACAGCACAGAAGCUGCUGGAAUAUCACAGGAGCAUCAUCCGGAUCAUCCCCUCCUACCUCAAAGUCCUAAAAGCCAUCAGUGCUGACCAGCCAUGUGUGGAUGUCUUCUACCAGGCUCUGACCUACGUCCAAAGCAACCAGCGAUCUAAUGCCCCGUUCACACCACGAGUGCUGCUGUUGGGACCUCUGGGCAGUGGGAAGAAGCUGCAGGCUGGCCUCCUGGCCCAGAAAUACAACCUCAUCAAUAUCUGUUGCGGGCAGCAGCUGAAAGAGGCCGUGGCAGACAAGACCCAGUAUGGUGAGGUGGUCCAGUCCUUCUUUGAAAAGCAGAUAACAGUCCCUGACAGUGUCAUCAUGAAGGUGCUGAGCCAACGCCUGAAGCAGCAGGACGCCAUUAAAAACGGGUGGGUGUUGCAUGGCUUCCCUUGCCACCUGGACCAGGCACGCAUGCUGGACAGCGUGGGCUAUAAACCCAACAGGGUGUUUUUCCUGAAUGUGCCCCUUGACACUAUCGUCGAGAGGCUGACCCUGAGAAGAAUCGAUCCUGUGACCGGUGAAAGGUAUCACCUCAUGUACAAGCCCGCUCCGACCAUGGAAAUCCAGGCCCGUCUCCUGCAGAACCCAAAGGAUAUGGAAGAGAAUGUCAAGGCCAAAAUAGAUCUGUUUUACAGGAACUGCACAGAGCUGGAGGAGUUCUAUGAGGACGCCAUCACCCUCAAUGGGGACCAAGACCCCUACACAGUCUUUGAAUACAUAGAGUCUGGCAUCAUCAACCCCCUUCCCAAGAAGAUUCUCUGAGGGACUCCAAGCAAGGAGCAUUCCUCCAGGGACAUAAAAUGAAACCCCAUCCCAACUGCCAGAACCUCAGCAAAGUCAAUAAAGCAUGCUUAGUUGCA